AUGUUCCAUCAGGAUCUCCCAGAAACUAUAAAGCUGUUAAGAAAUAUAUGGGAGAAGAAUGCCCCUGAGGUGCUGCUUGACGGGCGCGUAGAGUUCGUGCCAUUGAAUUUCUUGGAGGAGUCGCCUGUUGCUGGAAAGGAUGUUUACUAUUUAAGGAGCAUCAUUCACGACUGGCCGGACAAUGAGUCGAGGGUGAUUCUCAACAAUAUUCGCAAACUGAUGGGACCAAACAGCCGAGUGUUGAUUCAGGAUUACGUGCUAUUGCACACAUUCGAAGAGCCUGAUGUAGAGGCUGACGAGUCUACUAAGGACCAUAAGGCGCCUGAACCUACAUUAUUGAACUUCGGUUGUAGCACGGCACACCAGCAUGACAUGACGAUGUGGCUUCUUUUCAAUGGCAAGGAACGAACCUUGAAUGAAUUCAAGAACAUUGGGCAAGUUCCUUCUAUGCACGGAUACGUUGACGAUGUUUGAUUCGUUAUAAUUCGCAGGGCCAGUGCUGGUUUAGUGCUCACCCAAACCUAUGAUUUUGUGGGGACGAUGCUCUUGGAAUUCAGAAUCACUCAGGACUGAUGUCGAACACAAUCUGCCACCAAUGGAGUGGGAUGCUCAAAGGGCAUCAAAGU